AGCCCGGGCAGACGCGCUGUGGGCUUGGGGGCGGGCGUGGGUGCCCCGGGGCUGGGGACAGCCCGGCCCGGCGGGUUCAGGUGUUUUCGUCCCUCGACUCCCCCGUCCCCCACCUCGCAGGGGACGCGCAGAGAAAUAAAGUGCUCGGUAACGCGCACUGACGGUGUCCAUAGGCGAGGCAUCGGCAUAGAGGCGUGCUAAGCAUGGAGGGAGAUGAAGAGGAAGACUAUAUGUCUGAUUUAUUUCUUAAACAGGAUGUCAGGCCAGGCUUGCCCAUGGUGAGGCGGGUGAAGGAAGCUAUUCAGAAAGAAGAAAAGCAAAAAGAAGCCAAUGAGAAGAACAGACAAAAAAGCAUAAAAGAAGAAGAAAAAGAGAGACGUGACUUGGUAUUGAAAAGUGCAUUGGGCAACGAGAACAAAGGCUUUGCUUUGCUCCAGAAGAUGGGCUACAAGAGCGGCCAGGCCCUUGGCAAAAGUGGAGAAGGCAUUGUUGAACCUAUUCCUCUGAACAUAAAAACAGGCAGAAGUGGGCUUGGUCAUGAGGAAUUAAAAAAGAGAAAAGCUGAAGAAAAACUGGAAAACUAUAGACAAAAACUCCAUAUGAAAAAACAAGCAAAUGAACAAGCUGCAGAUCAGUUCAGAAUAAGAUUCAAAACCAAACAAGAAGAACGUAAGAUGGAAGGGGACCUGCGAAAAAGCCAGAGGGCCUGCCAGCAACUAGAUAUGCAAAAAGAUAUUGAUGUUCCCAAGGAGACUUGGUUUUGGAUAGAACCUGAAGAGGAAGACAAAAAGGAUGAGGAAGACGAGGAAGAUGAAUGCACAAGCUCAGACUUAAGUGUACCAGAAAAGCUGCACAUCCUGACGGCCUAUUUGAGAGAGAAGCACUUCUAUUGCAUUUGGUGUGGAACAACCUAUGAAGACUCUGAAGAUUUAUCUUCAAACUGUCCUGGAGACAGUGCUGCAGAUCAUGACUAAAGCCAGUCUAAAGGAAGAAGCCCUAGAUAAAAUUCCAUUUGGAUGAAAAGACAGAGAAUUUCUGGGUCUGAAUACCAUCUUCAAAAGAAAAUGACAUACCAUAUUGAAAUUGACAAGAUACAAUUCCCCCCAAGUCAUCUUCAAGAGCCCUUUUUGCUAAGAAUUAUUUUUUGGAGUUACCUAAAACACAGUCUGCAAGUCCCUUAAUUUUAGGAAAAAUCCUACAGCAAUUUGCAUUAAAUAAAAAGGACUGCAACUCAAAGAAUCCCUGCUCAGUUGCUACAUAUUCCUGGAAUAUUUCUGAAGUUUUGGUUGCUUCCUAGUUUCACACUGGUGGUUUUCUGAAUGCCCAAGUUCCAUUUCCCUCAUACCUAAAAGUAUGUCCUGUCUAGGAAGAAAUACCAUUGUGCUUGGCUCCAUCUGGCCUUGUAGGACCUGGUGGAAGACCCUGACAUGUUUCUGCUGAAGAGAUCAGCCUUCCUAUCCUGCCCACAAUGGUCAUGUUCUUUCCAACUCUGUCCUGUCAAGAAGGUAAUGCAGUGACAUUGCUCUGCUAGUCACAGGAACCCUUCUGAGGACUAGAAAUCUAGAUGAAAUAUAUUCAAUAUAAUAUUCAAUGAAAUAUAUUCAUCUGGCAGCCUCACACAUUCCAGAGAAGCCCAUAAGAUAGGCUGAGGCUGGAGAUGGUGAGAGGAAGGAAAAUACAAAGAGAAGCAUGCACUGGUUUUUCCCUAUGUAUGCUGUGUGACGAGUACCCUUGGAUAAAGCUGCUCAAAGCACUGAAAGAACAAGCAUUAAAUGGCUCAGGACUCUGCAGGCUUGAGGUCAGGGCACGAAUUCCAGUCUGGGUUCUUGGCUUUGGGGACUUUUUGUUCUUUUACUCAAUAACUGUUUAAUGUAAAAUAUAUACAUGAUAUUGGUGGCUCCAAGGU